CCUGGAAGGGCUCAACUAGACUUUCAGCUCCUCCAGACUUUCUCUGCUUUUGCCAUACAGAGGCACCCUCCCUCUGGUCCAGCUCCUCCUGUGCCUGCCUCUCUGUCUCCGCGCUAUCCCGUUAAAAGGCUGCUGCUCCUGCUCCGCCGGACCAGUGCGCUGGCUGCCUGGAGCCGGGAUGAAGGCUGGAGGUUAUCGGCGAGGGACAGCAGAACUCUAGGCAGCUUUCCAUUUGCAAAGUGAGCAGUAAUCGCAAGAAGACAGCCUCCCCAGUUGGAAUCAAUAGUCUGCUUUCUUGCUGCUAAGGGCACUUUGGAGCAGCAGUAGGUCACUGAAGUAACUCCAGCACACUGCUGACUGCGGAGUUGUAAAGAACUACAUGCGAGUGGCUGCAGUAGUGCUGGAAAACGCUUUGCUGUUACCAGGGACACAGUAGUUUUCAAGUCCUUAGAGCUUCGCUUCUGGUCCUCUCCUUCCAUUACCCAGAGAGGGUCAUUCUUUGGAGGGGUGAGGAUGGAGCUGUGACUUCUUCCACUGGUGGUCUAGUGGAGGGGGUAGGGGUAGGGAAAGAGGCUUUAGAAGCAAAACCCUACUGGCUGCUGAAUCCAGCUUUACUUGAAUUUCCCCAAAUCUUUCCAGGCACAGAAAGGCACAAUGCCAGAGAAUCUGAAUCUUCUUCGGGCUUUUUGGGGUUUUUCCUUUAUCUUCUGGACAGCUUUUAACACAGCCCUAGUGGAUGUGGUUGGAUCGGAGCAGCAGAUCCCCUUGUCUGUUGUAAAGCUCUGGGCCUCAGCAUUUGGUGGAGAGAUCAAAUCUAUUGCAGCCAAGUACUCGGGUUCCCAGCUCCUGCAGAAGAAAUAUAAAGAAUAUGAGAAGGAUGUUGCAAUAGAAGAAAUCGAUGGCCUUCAGCUUGUGAAGAAGUUAGCAAAGAAUAUGGAAGAAAUGUUUCAUAAAAAGUCUGAAGCUGUACGGCGUCUUGUUGAAGCUGCAGAAGAUGCUUACCUGAAACAUGAGUUUGAUGCGGACUUACAGUAUGAAUACUUCAAUGCUGUGCUCAUAAAUGAACGAGAUGAAGAAGGAAACUAUUUGGAGCUGGGAAAGGAGUUCAUUCUGGUGCCAAAUGACCACUUCAACAACUUGCCAGUGAACAUCAGUCUGAGUGAUGUCCAAGUACCAACCAAUAUGUACAAUAAGGAUCCAGCCAUUGUAAAUGGAGUUUAUUGGUCAGAAUCUUUAAAUAAGGUUUUUGUGGAUAAUUUUGAUCGUGACCCUUCUCUGAUCUGGCAGUACUUUGGAAGUGCAAAAGGAUUUUUCAGGCAAUAUCCAGGAAUUAAAUGGGAACCUGAUGAGAAUGGAGUCAUUGCAUUUGACUGCAGAAAUAGAAAAUGGUAUAUCCAGGCAGCAACGUCUCCAAAAGAUGUGGUAAUUUUAGUAGAUGUCAGUGGCAGUAUGAAAGGGCUUCGCUUGACUAUUGCAAAACAGACAGUUUCAUCUAUUUUGGAUACCCUUGGAGAUGAUGACUUCUUCAAUAUAAUUGCUUAUAAUGAAGAACUUCACUAUGUAGAGCCGUGUCUGAAUGGAACAUUAGUUCAAGCAGAUAGAGCCAACAAAGAGCAUUUCAGGGAACACCUUGACAAACUUUUUGCAAAAGGAAUUGGAAUGCUGGAUAUUGCUUUAAAUGAAGCUUUCAACAUGCUCAAUGAAUUCAAUCACACAGGACAAGGAAGUAUUUGCAGCCAAGCCAUUAUGUUGAUUACUGAUGGAGCUGUGGAUACAUAUGAUACAAUAUUUGCAAAAUAUAAUUGGCCAGACAGGAAAGUUCGCAUUUUUACCUAUCUGAUUGGAAGAGAAGCUGCUUUUGCUGAUAACCUGAAGUGGAUGGCCUGUGCUAACAAAGGAUUUUUUACUCAGAUCUCUACCUUAGCUGAUGUUCAAGAGAAUGUCAUGGAAUAUCUCCAUGUUCUUAGCCGACCAAAGGUUAUUGACCAAGAGCACGAUGUAGUAUGGACUGAAGCAUAUAUUGACAGCACUCUCCCUCAGGCUCAAAAGCUUGCUGAUGAUCAGGGAUUGGUGUUGAUGACAACUGUUGCCAUGCCAGUAUUUAGUAAGCAAAAUGAGACUAGAUCUAAAGGGAUUCUUCUGGGAGUAGUUGGCACAGAUGUUCCAGUUAAAGAGCUUUUAAAAACUAUUCCGAAAUACAAGUUAGGUAUUCAUGGAUACGCUUUUGCAAUUACAAACAACGGAUAUAUUUUAACUCAUCCAGAACUUAGGCCUUUGUAUGAAGAGGGGAAGAAAAGAAGGAAGCCCAACUACAGUAGUGUGGAUCUUUCUGAGGUCGAGUGGGAAGACAGAGAUGAUGUGCUCCGAAAUGCAAUGGUGAAUCGGAAAACCGGGAAAUUCUCCAUGGAAGUGAAGAAGACAGUGGACAAAGGGAAGCGGGUAUUGGUGAUGACAAAUGACUACUAUUAUACAGACAUCAAGGGUACUCCAUUCAGUUUAGGUGUGGCUCUCUCUAGAGGACAUGGAAAAUAUUUCUUCAGAGGGAAUGUAACUGUAGAAGAAGGUUUGCAUGAUUUAGAACACCCUGAUGUAUCUUUAGCAGAUGAAUGGUCCUAUUGCAACACUGACUUACAUCCUGAACACCGUCAAAUGACUCAGUUAGAAGCAAUUAAACGCUACCUCACAGGAAAAGAGCCAUUGCUCCAAUGUGAUAAAGAAUUGAUCCAGGAAGUUCUGUUUGAUGCAGUCGUGAGUGCACCAAUUGAAGCUUAUUGGACCAGUCUAGCAUUAAAUAAAUCAGAAAACUCUGACAAGGGAGUGGAAGUUGCCUUCCUUGGAACACGGACUGGACUAUCUCGUAUCAACCUGUUUGUGGGUCCAGAACAGCUUACUAAUCAAGAUUUCCUGACCGCUGAAGAUAAGGAGAACAUUUUUAAUGCUGACCAUUUUCCACUCUGGUACAGGAGAGCUGCCGAGCAAAUACCUGGGAGCUUUGUCUAUUCAAUCCCAUUUAGUACAGAAACUGCAAACAAAAGCAAUGUAGUGACAGCCAGUACCGCUAUUCAACUUCUGGAUGACAGAAAAUCUCCAGUUGUUGCAGCUGUAGGUAUCCAGAUGAAACUUGAUUUUUUCCAGCGGAAAUUUUGGACUGCAAGCAGACAGUGUGCAUCUCUCGAUGGCCGAUGUGCUAUAAGUUGUGAUGAUGAAGCAAUAAACUGUUACCUAAUAGAUAACAAUGGAUUUAUUUUAGUGUCUGAAGACUAUAGACAAACUGGUUACUUUUUUGGGGAGGUUGAAGGGGCUGUGAUGAACAAGUUGCUAACAAUGGGCUCCUUCAAGAGGUUCCUUGUGGAAUUUAAUCUACGCAGUUGGUGGCACUCUGAUCUAACAGCAAAAGCGCAGAGGUUGAAACAAACCCUAGAGCCCUGUGAUACUGAAUAUCCAGCUUUUGUUUCUGAACGCACUAUAAAGGAGACCACGGGGAAUAUUGCUUGCGAUGACUGUUUCAAGUCUUUUGUAAUCCAGCAAAUCCCAAGCAGCAAUCUCUUCAUGGUGGUAGUAGAUAAUGAAUGCUUCUGUGAUUCUGUCCCACCAAUUACCAUGGCACCUAUAGAAAUAAGGUAUAAUGAAUCCCUUAAAUGUGAACGUUUAAAAUCUCAGAAGAUAAGAAGACGCCCAGAAUCUUGUCAUGGAUUUCACCCUGAAGAAAAUGCAAGAGAAUGUGGUGGUGUCUCAGGCCUUAGUGCUAAACCUCCUCUUGUUCUUCUUCUUCUGCUAUUGACGAUUUUCUCAAGGUGACAUUGACUGAUGUCUUCAAUUGGCAUGCUAAUACAUGGAUAAACUGUGAACUGGGAAAUGGUGCAACAUAAAGGACAUGAAAUAUAGUCAGAGCAUCAGCAUUUCAUGAUUUUAAACUGUUGGUGAUAUAAAUUCUUAAAGAUAUGUUGAAAAAAGAUUUAUCUUUUUACUUUGCAAGUCAUGCAGAUGUGAAUUUGGCAUAUGGCAGUCAUGAUUCAUCAGAAAAGGACUUGGUAGAUAGAGGUGACCAUUGCUUUGUCCCAUUGAAAAUAAUUUAAAACUGUGUACUUUUUUCAAUAAAGUAUAUUAAAAUCACA